AUGGCGCCGGCGCCGGCUGGUGGACGCAAUGCCGACGAGUGGCGCGCAGCUCGGGAGUGGGCGCGGCGCUCUGCGGACCGCGCCGUGCUGAAGCUCUCGGAGGAGAUCGCGCGCACCAGAGACCACCUGGCGGUGGUGGAGGACGCGCUCGCGGCGGUGGUCGGCUGCAACGAGGUGGCCCCGCGUCUGCGGGCGUUGCCCCCCGCCUUGCGUGAGACGCUGGCUGGCCCGGCGCCGACCUGGCUGGAGACGCUCCGCAGGAAGGUCGCCCUCCACGCGGACGCCGACGGCGUGGACGUGGCGACCGCGGGCGAGGCCGCGCUGAAGCGGGCUCAGAAGGGCCCGCGGCUGGAGGCGCGGCUUGAGGCCGAGAGGGGCUCGGCGGCGGUUGGCGCCAGGCUCUCACCAGAUGCAGCCCCGUUCGUGCCAGCGUCCUGCUUUGCGCCUGGCGCUUGGGACGUCGAGCAGCUGGCGGCUGGUGAUCAGCGGGUCGCCAGCGUGCAGCCGCAGGAGCAGGAGGCCCUCGAGACGGAGCACGAAGCUCUCGGCGUCCAGGACGGCCCGACCUUCGACGGCUCGGGGUUACCGAUCGUCGGCGGCUGCAGCGGCGCGCCCUGCGAAGGGACCGCGGAGGUCUCUGCGGGCACGAGUGCUACGGAGCUGGAGGCCUUCUUCCGUGGCGCCAAGGAGCGGAUGAAGCCGGCGGCGCUCGCGAUCGCGGAAGCGGGGAGCCGAGGUUUGGACGACGACUCUGAGGCGCAGCGCGCCGAGCUCGCGGCGGCCGCCGACCGCCUUGUCGAGCUCGAGGCGUUCGUGGUCGGCGAGAUCGUCCCCGCGGGCCUCGCGCCCUUCGCGGCGGAGGGCGGCCCUGCCGUGGGGGCCACGGCCGCGGCGGCCUCUGGCCGAGCGGCGGUCUCCCGCGGGACGGGCGGCCGUGGCAUGCUGGGAACGGGUGGCGACGACGGCUUCGACGUGGAGCUAGAGGCCGCCGACCGCGGGAGCGGCGGGCCGCAGCAUGGCGGUCCCCAGGCCGCCACGGCCGCCCGCGCCCGGGACCUCGCCCAGCUCUUCGCUUCCUGCGUGGCGGAGAUCAGCAGCUGGGUCGGCGUGGGCAGAGCCUCGGGUUAA